UUCCACUGGCCAAGGGCACGAGGCCACGCCCCUUCCGGGGCCCCUCGGGCGGGGGGCGGGGCCAGCCUCCCUUCAGCUGGUCUUGGUCGGAGGGCCGCCUGGCAGCAAAGGAGAAGGCCGGAAGCGGUGCAAUGUCGGGCUCCCUGGUCGCCGCGGGCAAAGUUGUUCAUAUCUUGGACAAAAAUCUAUUUUCUGUUCUGCGUGUAACUAAAGGAUCAUGUUACAGAGUGAAUAGAAGAUUAUGCAGCAAGCCCCAGGAGGCCAGUGUACAGACGUCAAAACCAGCAGCUUCAGGAGCCUCCUUCAAAGUUCCAGGACACAAGCCCACUGAGCGAGAGAAGAGAAUGUUGCUAUGGACAGGUCGAUAUAAGAAAGCAGAGGACAUACCUGAAAGCGUAUCGUUUGAGAUGAUAGAUUCUGCCAAGAACAAAAUUCGUGUGCAGAUGAGCUAUCUGAUGAUUGGUUUGACAAUCGUGGGCUGCAUAAUUAUGGUUAUUUCGGGGAAACAGGCUGUUGGAAGACACGAAUCCCUGACAAGUCAGAACAUGGAGAAAAAAGCUCGCUGGAGAGAGGAGGCAGCCCACAGUGCUUCUGCUAAGCCAUGAACAAGGGGAAGAUUGAUUUUCACGUUCCAGUUACAGAGCAGCUGUCUGAGAAAUGCAUUUUUAUCAGUUGCUCGUAUUUACUGUCUUCAAGCUUAUGCAAUGAAUAAAUUAUUUUGAAUUAA